AUGGCUGACUUUGAUCCCUCUGACUGGAAAAACACGCGUCUUCCGAAACUUGCACAGCUUGACUCCCUCCAGAGAUGCUUGAUAUGUAAAGAUUUCCUACGGGCUCCUGUGAUGACAUCGUGCAACCAUACUUUCUGCUCUCAGUGUAUUCGCCAGCAUCUUUUGAGCGAGAGCCUGUGUCCCCUAUGUAAGGCAGAGCAGUUUGAAAGCAACUUAAAACGCGUCAUUUUACUUGAAGAGAUUGUUUCAUGUUUCCAGGAUCUCCGUCCUGCUCUUAUCGCCUUGGCAACCCAAUCACAGGAACAGGAUGAUAUCAGAUCAACCCAGAAUGAAACCAAUAGUGUAUUAAAAAAUGUGGGUCACAGAGACAACAUGGUUUCUUCAAGUAGCGAAAAGGAGAAGAAAAAGCUUCAAGAGGAAAAGGAUUCUGGAGUCAUCGAGGUACCUGAUACCGAAAAUGUUUCUUGUCCCGUUUGCAAUGAGCGCAUGCCUGCCGAUCUUCUCCAAAGAAAACAUUUGGAUGAGUGCCUUCGUGGUACAACGCGACCUAAACGGCGUCGGACUGAGAUUCUGCUGUUUUUUCAACCUCGGAAGAAACGUGAAAUCGACCAUGAGCAUUUUUACUUCAGCGAAGCCCAUAAGCACCACCACGAGGCACGGCGUAUGCCAAAAAUGGAUUACGCUUCUCUUUCGACCCCAAAGCUCAAGGAAAAGUUGGCACAGCUUCAUCUCUCUAUUCUGGGUACACGCAGUCAGCUUGAAAUGCGAUACAAUCAUUAUUAUUUGCUACACAACUCGAAUCUUGACUCGAGCCGCCCAGUACUGGACUUGGAGCUUCGUCAAAAGCUCAAGCAAUGGGAAAGAUCGCACUCAGCAUUUUCUGCAGCUGCAAGUCCAAAUCCUGUGUUUGGGGAUCUGAUCAGUCACAAGUCUAUAACAGAUAAGGACUUUUCUGUGCUGGUGUGGAUGGAUAAAUAUAAACAGGAGUUCCAUGCUUUGGUGCGAGCGGCUAAACGGUCGCGAAGAAAGAGGGGUGCACUCGAAAGCACGAUUACAGAAACGACUAAAAGUGGUGUUGAUUUCGAAGAAGUCACUGUUGAUAAAGAUGAUUCCAUCGAGAAGAAUGGCUCUAAGAUAAAUCAAAAUGGAUCCCUGAACCGCGGCACGCAGAGUCUACAGGGUGAGAAGAUUACGGAAAGUUCCAUCGGCCUGUUUUCAGUUCCAGGCAAGUCUGAAGAGCUUCAUGCGGCGGAAACACCAAAUGCAGAGAAGUCAAGCGGGGUAGAAUGUCACGAGCCCAAGAUUGACGCCUCGCUUAAUACUGCGUCUAAGAUAAAGAUUAAUAGUAAACAAGACGAGGUUAUGAAUGGUGACGCGGCAGAAUUUGAUUUUUCCUCAUCCACACUCUUUGUCAAGCGUCAUGAGUGA